AUGCCAGAGUCCCUAAAUCCUCAGCUGGAUCAUCCAAUCGACCCUUCUAACAAAGCUAAAGAGUCCAAAAAGCAGCAGCAGCAACAACAACAGGGGACUUCACAAGGAACCUCUGGCUCAGACUCUUUCUUCAAUAGGUCUGCCGAUGGGAAAUUAUUUACUAAAGACCAUGAGUCUAUCUUUGCAAUGCUCAUGCUUUCACUUCCUUUAGACCCAGAUGGUCAAUGUGACAUGUCAACUCUUGAAGGGUCUAAUCCAAACAUGGCUCCAGAUGAUGAAUUAAGUCAAUAUCAAUCAUCAUCUUCAUCAUCAUCUUCACCACCAUCAUCAUCAUCAUCUUCUUCUUCUUCUUCUUCUUCUUCUUCUUCUACUCGUAAAAAGAAACGAAAAACAACUUCAAUAUUCUCUAAAAAAACUCCUCCAUUUUCGUUCACUCUUGAAGAUGCAAUGGCUGCAAUCCAAAAUAUGUCUGUUAAAAUCGUUACAGGCUCAACUCGUACUGCAAUCUCUUGUGCAGUCCCAGCCCAUUCAGCAAGAGUAUUUAUUCAAAGAUUUCUUUCUGCACGUCUUAUUCAUUGCCCUACUGAUAGAACAUCUACAAAAUGCCCUCUAGUAGUUAACCCAAUCCCUCCAGCAGUCCCAUUCCCCAUUGCAUCUUCAGUUCCUUCUUCUUGUUCUUCUUCAUCAUCAUCAUCAUCAUCAUCAUCAUCAUCAUCAUCAUCAACAACAGCAACAACUACUAAUACUACAACAAAAACAACAACAACAACAGUCUCUCCUCCUCCAGCAAUUUUAGCAGCAGCAACAUCCUCACGAACACUAGAUACACUCGACACUUCUGCUCGCGGGUUUUUACUACAACCCACUGCAAAGGGUGUCUGCUGUGUUGAGCGAUAUUGUCGUAAAAAUGGCAUUGCUUUACGUUCAGAUGCCCCCAUAAAACAUCUCUUUGCAUCUACCCAUAAUUCUAUGCGCACCAUUUGUUUUGACAGACACCCUCACACCGAUCAACCCAUGUGUAACGAUGCAUUCAUCUUCUUACUCUUCCAACGUGUCAUGGGACCCACCCCAAACGUCUAUGCAGCUUCAAACCCACCAGAUAAGAUUCCACCAGCCCCUGGACUUAACGAUGACUACAGCUCGUUUGGAGUGCGUGGAUCGUAUAACAUGGGUGGUACUACGGUGUUUAGCAGUGCAAACACUACUAUUGGACUCCAGCCAGAUCUUUCUCUUUACUCCCCGCUUGAUAACUCAUUCCCAGAAUCUCAGGUAGAGUCUCCAUACUUUCACCGAUUCUUUACUAACCCAGACUCUGAUGCACUCUCCCAGUACUACGUAUCUACAGUAGGUGUGCGGCUCUUUCAAAACAAGCGGUUUGAUGUUUACACAGAUGCAUCUAGCUCCGCAUCCUCUAUAUUUUCCAACUCACGCGCUUCCACAUCCACGCUUAGCUUGGGGAACACUUUCCAUGUGGGGGGAAAUGCUACCACUGUUCAUACAACUAUUGAUUACUGUUUUACAGGAAGAGCGCUUUGGCAAUGGCUUUUGGAUUGUUCUGAUAUUGUUUAUCAGAGAGAGGCCAUGCACCUUGCAAAUUUGUUUUUCUCCGCGGGGAUGAUUAUACCCAUAUGUGCGGCUGGCUCACGAUGUUUACCUGACGACACUCAAAUUCGUAUUGCUAAAGACGCGUUUUACCAGCUUUCAGAAACAGGCCGAGGAAUUGCCAUUUGGGCAAGAACUCAACGAGAAGAAGAAUCUUUACGUCGGGAAGUCACAAAAUUUUCAUUGCCUCCUAAACGCGGAGCUAAAAAGAUAACUGAGGUGGCAGCAGCUGUUGCUUCAAUGGCUUUGGCUCAUGAACCUCCAACUACUUCUGUGGCACCUACCUCCAUGGAGCAACAACCUGUUACAAUUUCUGCAACAUCAGGAGCCCCCCAUGUUUCCGCCGUGACAGAUCUGCCGCCACAACCUUUGCAAUCUAUUGAGGUGGAUGUUUUCACGCCGCUCAACAUUACGUUCACGGGUCUCCCACCGUCUCCACCAAGCACAGUACCCACAAUUGAGGAGGAGGAGCAGUUGCAGGAGCAGGUGCAGGAGCAGCCGCAGGAGCAGCCGCAGGAGCCUGAAAAUAGUAACGACGAGAAUCUCCGAGAAGGAGAAGCCUCGGAGGCUUGUGAACAAGAGAAAGAAGAGCCGGAGAAAAGAAGGGAGGAAAAGGAAAAGGAAAAGGAAAAGGAGAAGAAAGUACAAGAACAAGAGCAAGAAGAAGAAAAAAAAGAAGAAAAAAAAGAAGAAAAAAAAGAAGAAAAAAAAGAAGAAAAAAAAGAAGAAGAAAAGGAAAGGGGGAACUUUGAUGAAGAAGAAGAGGAAAGACCUACUAUUGAAUACAGGAAAUCACUUUCUUUUAAACGCAUCGAUUCUAAACUGACACAGUUUGUGGUCCCUAGAUCAAGUACAGCGUCUCAUAAGUCAGCACCUUCAGAUGUUUCUGCAGACCAAGUGCAAAUUGCCAUGUCGGCCACCACCAACACCAUUACCACAUCGAGCCGGCCUACUAGCAGAUGCACAACAAGGUCUACAGGUAGUCACAGCCGUCCACAAAGCCCACUGUUUCACUAUGGACAACCACAGAACUUAACACUGGACGAUAUUAUUAACGAUGCAGCUUUACUUUUCCUUUUCCGUGAGUUUUUACAACAACAACUGUGCGAGGAAAACCUUCAGUUCUAUAGCGAGUUGACGUUAUUUUUAUUAGACUUUGAAAAAUUGCAGCGUACUCUUGCUAAAUGUGCAAGUAAUAGCUCUGAUUCUGAGGGAGAAGAUGAAGACACGGGGAAACAUCCACAUCAAUCUUUAAAGACUGGGCUUGGAAGACAUGGACUACUUCUUGCAGACACUGAUUCAUUGUACCAGAUGUGCUUAAAACGAUUGUACCUCAUGUACCACCGAUACUUUGCAGAGCAAGCACCAUCGGAGCUUAACAUUGAUUGGCCUUUACGGCGGCGCUUGGUAUCUACAAUGACAGCCCAUAUUCAAUCAUGCAGCACAGGCACACGGACAGUUGUUGUGACAAGUGAGUCUUUAAGUUCAACUUCUUCUUCUUGUUCUUCUUCUUCGUUGGCAGCUACAAUGCCUGCAACUAGAGUAGGACCAGAACAUUCUGCCUUUUCGUACUUUUCAGCCAAACAAUCACCGGACUGUAACCUUAGAGUAUUGAGUGAUAUGGCUCAACAUUUACAAGCAGCUAAAGUACAAGUAUAUCGUACGAUGGAGACGGAUUCUUUGCCACGGUUUUUGGAGUCACGGUUGUAUUUGAGAGGAAUGAGUUCGUUAACUUCAUUUUAUCCGAAAUGA